AUGCAGCCAGCAAUGAUGAUGUUUUCCAGUAAAUACUGGGCAAGGAGAGGGCUUUCCCUGGAUUCAGCAGUGCCCGAAGAGCAUCAGCUGCUCUCCAGCUUAACACUAAAUAAAACUAACUCUGGCAAAAAUGAUGAUAAAAAAGGCAACAAGGGAAGCAGCAAAAAUGACACUGCUACCGAGAGUGGCAAGACGGCAGUUGUAUUCUCCUUGAAAAAUGAAGUUGGUGGAUUGGUCAAAGCGCUGAAGCUCUUCCAGGAAAAACACGUCAACAUGAUUCAUAUUGAGUCCCGGAAAUCCCGGCGGCGAAGUUCGGAAGUUGAAAUCUUUGUGGACUGUGACUGUGGCAAAACGGAAUUCAAUGAGCUCAUUCAGUCACUGAAAUUUCAGACCACGAUUGUGACGCUGAAUCCGCCAGAGAACAUUUGGACGGAGGAAGAAGAGUUGGAGGAUGUGCCCUGGUUUCCCCGGAAGAUCUCGGAGUUAGACAGGUGUUCUCACCGAGUUCUCAUGUAUGGUUCGGAGCUGGAUGCCGACCACCCAGGAUUUAAAGACAAUGUCUAUCGACAGAGAAGGAAGUAUUUUGUGGAUGUGGCCAUGGGUUACAAAUACGGUCAGCCCAUCCCCAGGGUGGAGUACACGGAGGAAGAGACCAAGACGUGGGGCGUCGUGUUCCGGGAGCUCUCCAAACUCUAUCCCACGCACGCUUGCCGGGAGUACUUGAAAAACUUCCCUCUGCUGACGAAACACUGCGGCUACAGGGAGGACAACGUGCCCCAGCUGGAAGACGUCGCGGCGUUUCUGAAAGAAAGAUCUGGCUUCACGGUGAGGCCCGUGGCCGGGUACCUGAGUCCUCGGGACUUCCUGGCAGGACUGGCCUACAGAGUGUUCCACUGCACGCAGUACAUCCGCCACGGCUCGGACCCGCUCUACACCCCGGAGCCAGACACAUGUCAUGAACUCCUGGGACAUGUCCCUCUGCUGGCAGAUCCUAAGUUUGCUCAGUUUUCACAAGAAAUAGGCCUGGCAUCUCUGGGAGCAUCGGAUGAAGAUGUUCAGAAACUAGCCACAUGCUAUUUCUUCACGAUUGAGUUUGGCCUUUGCAAACAAGAAGGGCAGCUGCGGGCAUAUGGUGCUGGACUGCUUUCCUCCAUUGGAGAAUUAAAGCAUGCUCUUUCUGACAAGGCGUGUGUGAAAGCCUUUGACCCCAAAACAACCUGCUUGCAGGAAUGCCUUAUCACCACCUUCCAGGAAGCCUACUUUGUUUCAGAAAGUUUUGAAGAAGCCAAAGAAAAGAUGAGGGACUUUGCAAAGUCAAUUACCCGUCCCUUCUCAGUCUACUUCAAUCCCUACACUCAGAGUAUUGAAAUUCUGAAGGACACCAGGAGUAUUGAAAAUGUCGUGCAGGACCUCCGCAGCGAUUUGAACACCGUGUGUGAUGCCUUGAACAAAAUGAACCAGUAUCUGGGGAUUUGA